UUUCAGUGACACCCACAGAUUACAAUUCCAAAGAGUUUACACAGAUAUUUCACGCAAAUCGUAAAAUGUUUUUUCAACACAAGCUGUCAAUUCACGGCCACUUGUAUUCUGGAACUAGAAAACGGAGGCUACGAAUUAGAAUUCUACUAAUACAUGAGGAAAAUACGAUUGAGCUUUUCUGCAGAUGAAACAGGAGCCAUAUUUACGUCUGAGAAAGAAAGGUGUUCUCUGAAUUCCAAUGCUUACGUGUGUGUGAUGCAGACGCCCCCUGGUGGUAACUACAGGUUAUUAUCGGUACGAUUCUCUCAUCAGAUGUGGACAGCCGCCGGUGCUGAAACUGAAACCGCACAAGGCGCCAGCAGCUUCUGCGCUUCAGACCUAUUCGGACUUUUGUCUGUCUGUAGGCAACUUCUGCUGCUUCAACAACUGUCUGUGGGCAACUUCUGCUGCUUCAACAACUGUCUGCACUGAGAAUUGUGCUAAUUGUUCUUCUUCCUCUGCGUUUCAAUACUUUUACAACAUCUCAUUGGAAUACACCACCAACUGUUUCAGAGCGUGUCAUUCUUUGGACACUGAACAUCUACGCGGAGUCAUAAUUCUUGUUUGACCACGUCGUUUAAAUGCCCUAAAUGACUAGACUUGAGAAAACGCAUCGAAGUUCCAAUGUGAUGAAUCUGUACAAGAGGAAAAUUACUAGGCUAAGAUGGGUAAUAAGCAAACGAUAUUUACUGAUGAACAGCUAGAUGCUUACCAGGACUGUACCUUCUUCACACGGAAAGAGAUCCUCCGGUUACAUGGGCGAUACCAUGAGCUGGCUCCACACCUAGUACCCAUGGACUACACCAACGAGCCUGACGUUACAAUACCCCUAGCGCUUAUAGUCAGCAUGCCAGAACUAAAUGAGAACCCGUUCAGGAACAGGAUCGUGGAGUCCUUCUCUGAGGACGGAGCAGGGAAUCUGAGCUUCAACGACUUUGUGGAUAUGUUCUCUGUCCUCAGUGAGACGGCCCCCAGGGAGCUCAAGGCCAUAUACGCAUUCAAAAUAUACGAUUUCAAUGUGGAUAACUUCCUGUGUAAGGAGGAUCUGGAGAAGACGUUGAACAAGCUGACGAGGGAGGAGUUGAGUCCUGAAGAGGUCACCCUGGUCUGUGAGAAGGCCAUCGUAGAGGCUGACCUAGACGGAGAUAGCAAACUGUCCUUCGCUGACUUUGAAAACAUGAUCACCAGGGCUCCUGACUUUUUAAGUACCUUCCACAUAAGAAUCUGAAAGGGCUCCAAGGACAGGUCUAUAUUCUGAUUUCAUGGUAGAGAUCCUGACCACACAUCAAUGACCACACCCUGCCCACACCCUGAGCACAGCACAGUGCCUCUCUGCGGCUACAGACAUAACUCUCACUGGACGUCUGUCUGUAGAGAUGGCAGCUGAUCCAGGAACAGAAUGUCUUUGUUCUCACUAUGAUCCUGGAUCUCUUCAGUUUGGUUGUCCUCUCUUACACACACCCACAUUCUCUUUGGCCUCCUGUGUUUCCUCUUCAUUAGCCUUACUUGUUUUUCAUAUGUUUGGUUUGAAGAUGUUUUUUUGUUGACUAUUAUAUGUCAUAGUAAUAUUAUUAUCACAACCACUGAUGGAACAAUGAUGCUUUGUAUGUUUUCUUAAAACGACAGAGAAACAGGAAGGUGAAAUGGGAACCUUUAAGCUGUUGCUCCUCACUCAAACCCAGACCAGCCUUGGAGGAAUACAGGAGUACUAGCAGAUACACAGAAACAGUCCCCUUGUGCCUCAGACCUCCAUACGGACCUCUCCUGUCACUGAAGGACGCUCAGGUCUCCUUAAUGAACUGAUUGGGACAAUCUACAGCCCUGAGAAGGGUAAGGUCAGGACCUGGAACAUGCCUGGUGUACAUUAUACCAGACCAGACCAGAGGACAGACAGAGAGGGGUCAGGUCAGGACCUGGAACAUGCCUGGUUGAAACCUGCCUGGUGUACAUUAUACAAGACCAGACCAGAGGACAAAGAGAGAAGACAAAGAGAGAGGACAAAGAGAGAAGAUAAAGAGAGAAGACAAAGCGAGAAGACAAAGAGAGAGGACAAAGUGAGAGGACAAAGAGAGAGGACAAAGCGAGAAGACAAAGAGAGAGGACAAAGAGAGAAGACAAAGCGAGAAGACAAAGAGAGAGGACAAAGAGAGAAGACAAAGAGAGAAGACAAAGAGAGAGGACAAAGUGAGAGGACAAAGAGAGAGGACAAAGCGAGAAGACAAAGAGAGAGGACAAAGAGAGAAGACAAAGCGAGAAGACAAAGAGAGAGGACAAAGAGAGAAGACAAAGAGAGAAGACAAAGAGAGAGGACAAAGUGAGAGGACAAAGAGAGAAGACAAAGAGAGAGGACAAAGAGAGAGGACAAAGAGAGAGGACAAAGGGAGAGGACAAAGAGAGAGGACAAAGAGAGAGGACAAAGAGAGAGGACAAAGAGAGAGGACAAAGAGAGAGGACAGACAGAGAGGACAAAGUGAGCACAGUGCUGCAUCACCAAGGUCACACAGACAGAUGGACAGAGUUUUAUGACAGCAAUGCACUAUUUACUCAUCACACGUAUAAAACGUAAUAUUCUGUUUCUCCUGCUGUUAAUGAAUUGUUGGGUCAUUUCUAAGACUUUUCCAAAAUGGCAACCUAGUCCCUAGAUAGUGCACUACUUUUGACCCGGGCCAGUAGUGAACUAUCUAGUGAAUAGGGUGCCAUUUGGAAACCGUCCCAACCUGCUCUUGAUGAAUUGCUCUGGACAUUACUACGUUCUGUUAAUGCAAUAAUUAAUGAUGAUGACAUCACACCUGACUGUUCUCUAGGUCUAAUGAAGACGUGUACCCAUCUCUACUAUCUCUAACAUACCCUCAGACAUCUCUACUAUCUCUACCAUACCCUCAGACAUCUCUACUAUCUCUACCAUACCCUCAGACAUCUCUACUAUCUCUACCAUACCCUCAGACAUCUCUACUAUCUCUACCAUACCCUCAGACAUCUCUACUGUCUCUACCAUACCCUCAGACAUCUCUACUGUCUCUACCAUACCCUCAGACAUCUCUACUAUCUCUACCAUACCCUCAGACAUCUCUACUAUCUCUACCAUACCCUCAGACAUCUCUACUGUCUCUACCAUACCCUCAGACAUCUCUACUAUCUCUACCAUACCCUCAGACAUCUCUACUGUCUCUACCAUACCCUCAGACAUCUCUACUGUCUCUGCCA